AUGAGCAUCUCGAAGCUGUUUCUCGCAACAGUACGCAAAUUGAGAUCCGUGCUGCUACUGACAGUCACCAUCUCGACCCUAUUCUACUACACUUUCCAGAAUGAAAUCGAUAUCUUGAACUCAUACGCAGAAAACGAAUAUUUGCCAUCGAUCAAUAACGACCAUUUGGAACACUCUGCUGCGCAGACCUCGGACCUCAUUUCGAAUUUGCGAUCGGUCAACAAGCCACAGGACGGGAUCGAUCUCGUACAGCAAGGUGUCCAGCAGUUGCCACCACCAGCACCCGCUAAAGAGAACGAUGAAGAUUCAAGUAGCAAGACAAGUGUGGAUUUGGCAGAUCCGUUGGUGUUGAAGGAGAAAAAUAAAUAUUUCCCAUUGUGGUUGAAAUCUCCAACGACAGACCCCACGGUUCCAUUGGAUCUGGACGAUGUGGAAUUGUCGAUGCAAGAGUUGACGAAUUAUAAAGAAAAAUACCCUUUGAUGUAUGAAGUGAGCUUGUCUUCGUUUUAUCAAUCAACCUCAAAACCUUCAACGAAACAGAAAGAUACUUUACACAAGGUUCAAGCGCAUCUAUAUGAUGCCGAUGACGAAUCCAGGGAUCCUUUGGGUUAUUCUCAAGACAAAGAGGAGAUUCAUAAUAUCUUGUUGAAAUCAUGGGAUCAACAGAAAUUAUAUCUGUUGUCCAUAGAUCACGACUCGACUUGGCCCAUAGACGAGGUCGAUAUCAUGGACACUCUGUAUCUCAUGGAAGAACACCUGUUGUUUCAAAAGAUAGUGACCACUGUAGAGGCAACGGAUUUUAAGAUCCCACCGUUGGAGAUGGAAAUCAUCCACGUCGUGGACUUAUCAACAAGACUACUGGGCGGAUUGAUAUCUGCUUAUGAACUGUCGCAAGAAAAAAUCCUUUUGACAAAGGCGAAAGAAUUGGCAGAUUUCUUAUUGAGGGCAUUUGAUACUCCAAACAGAGUGGAACUUUUACAAUAUUCUUGGAAAACUCCUUUUAAGAAUAGAUUCGCUUAUAUGGACGCCUCCGUCGCCGAUUUAGUGAAGAUGGCCUCAGAAUUUACAAAAUUGACUCAAUUGACAGGCUCAAACAAAUAUUUUAAUACAAUGUUGCAUAUCCUAACCAUGAUAAUUAAAUCGACAGAAUAUUUGAAUAUCGAUUCCAUUUUCCCAGAUAAUAUCGAUGCAUCAACUUGUUCUUUAGUUACAUCGGAGGACGUUCAGAAAGGCGAUCAUCAACGUGACUCUAGAAUCAUGAAAAGUAUUGAUGAAAAUUUGAAAUUCAUUCAUUGUCAUCAAUUGACUUAUUUCCCAGAAUCUUCCACCACUUACAAAUUAGACUCGAAAUUGUUACCUUUAUAUGAUAUUAUUUCUCAACUAUAUGCUUUGACUCAAACUGAUUUGUUGGACGUUUCAGAUACUACGACUUCAACAAACUCUUCAUAUCUAUUUCAUUCUUCAAUGGAACAAAUGAAUAAAUUUUUCAAAUUUCAACCAAUGCAUCCGGAAAUCGGAUUCGAUGAUGAUUUCAUGGUUAUGAGUAAUUUAAAUAUAAACCCUAUCUUUUCGCCAUCCACAAACGAUUUGGCAAUUCAGUUAAGAAGAGACUUCACAUUCCACCCUGAAUCAUGUACCCUGGGGGCCACAUUGGCAUACGGGUCCAAAUUGUUUCCCAAAGGUUAUGAUGACGACAUUUCCAAUAAAUAUGAAAUGAACUUGGCUAGUCAAUUGACUACGACUUGUUUCAAACUGGCCAUGACCCAAGGUGCUGCAUUGGCUGAAAUGGCAUUAGACCCUUGUAUCACUAAUGAUUGUAUCUUUAAUAAAGAUGAUAAAAUGAAGGAUAUUAGAGACGGCCGGUAUGUGGGAUUUGAAAAUGGUUUCCCUAAGGAUACAGUGGUGGAACUGAUGAAGACAGAUACAAGUAAAGACACCAACAAGAAAAUAAAGAGAUCAAUUCUGGAUUCAUCAAAGGAAAUAUUGAAUGAAGUCAUUCAUGUGAAACCUUUGGAAGAUGAUGACCUGGAUGAAAAUAAACCCUUAUUUGCCACAGAUAACAGUGAUGAUGUAGCUAGUAUGGAUGAUACGAUUACAAAAUCGUUUAAUUUUAUUAAGGAUGAAAACUUUAUGAAUAUACUUCUCUCAGAUGAGGAUAUUGAUGAAAAGAUGCAGACUUGGAAAUCAGAUCCAGAGAGAUCCUUAUGGAUUAAUAGUGUCAAUAAUAGUACUCUAUUAUCACCAAAUCUGAUUAAAUCUAUUUUCUUCAUGUAUAGAACCACAGGUGAUGAGAAAUGGAGAGAGAUGGGUCGUCAAUUGAAGGUUCAAAUGUUGGCUACAAUGGAAAAGACUAAUAUGGGUGCGAAGGGGACAUGGAGGAUAGCAGAUUUGAAUAAGAAAAAUGUUGCAUUACCUAGUUAUUGGUUUUCACAAACUUUAAAAUAUUACUAUCUAUUAUUUAGCGAUCCUUCAAAUUAUUCAUUGGAUGAAUAUAUUUAUACGGAAGGUGCACAUUUGUUAAAGAGACGUGUCGUGGAACCACCAACUAUGCGGGACAUGGAACAAUUAUAA